UGAUGGCUGAGGUGGAGAAAAGAGAACAUAAAAUACGCCUAUCUAUGUAAAGGUAAGUUGAUCCUUGUAUUUGUAAUAUACGUAUACUUAUGUGAUUCAAGGUCUUUCGGAGAAUCGUUUUCACUGAUAUACCCACCAGUCGUAUAGUGCGAUCCUUCAGGUGAAGUUAGUCUUGAAAACGGCUGUUUUCAGUUGUAGUGAGUAAUGUUUGUACAAUCUCAGCGGAUGUCAUGAUAACAGUUAAGUGAAGAAAUUUUCAGAUUCGAAUGUGUUGCCAUGGUUUGGUGAAGGGACUAGAUCAGUUUUUCCGUGAUGUAAUUGGCUCCCAAGCCUAAACUAGUCUUCAUGAAUUUUGAUCGGGUAAAUUGGAUCCGUCGAUAAAGUUAGGUUGCUCUGUUUUGUUCGAGGGUUUCCUGCAAUUUGCUCGAAAACCAUUGGCACCUGACCGCAGUCAAACGUAAAAGUGCCGAUUACUUGUUCAUAUCAAUAAAAUUUUGCUUCAAUAGCCGUGUUGCCUAAGUAUGUUAGAUACCAUUUUCCCGUGCAUGCAUGCCAAUGAGCGUAUUGUUUCAAAAUAUAUAAAAAGAUUAGUAAUUCUUUCCUCGCUAGCGGUCUGCCAGAUGUUCCUAUGGUAUCACCGGAGACUUCAAACGCCCGGUCAUAGUCCCCGUCUUAUUCAAGCAAAACCCAGGCUAUGAUUUUUCCUUUGAUUAAACGAAACGCUUGAUCGAUAUUUCCUCACCCCUACCCCCAGAGUAUUUGAAUCUCCUACCCUCUUAAAGUUCCGGUUUUGUGAAAUGAAAUGUGAGACUAGGGUAAUCGGGCGCUUGUCAGUUGGGUUUGCGUCGGCAGUUGUGUAAAAUUUAUGGAAAGAGGCACAUGAGGUGUAUAUGGCACUUAUUUAUCUCUUACAUUAAUCAAAAGAGUCGCUUACAUUAGGUCUAACGAAGACCGCAUUUGAUCGCAGACAGUUCAAAAUCAGGUUUUAUAUUUCGCAUUGAAGUUUCUUAGAAAGCUGUAUUACAAUCACUUGCGUUACGAUUAACGUUGCUAGAAAACAUGACAGUUUACUCACUCUUGGCACAGGCAUUGACUACAUCGAUACUCUUUAACCCUCCAGAAUGGCAGAACAAGUUCUCGAAAUACUAGGAAGAGAAAUUGUAGACCGAAAUGAACCGCAUGGACCGAAUGAACAACAAGGGCUUAUUGAUCCAAUAUACUAUCGUUUCCGAGAAGGCAGAGAGCAGCAAGAAAUCGGUAGAUGUCCUCGAAUACUUCUCAGAGUCCUCAAAGGCUCUUUUAGUUUGCUUGGACUGUGGGGGCAUCAGUGCUGGAACUAUCUUCCUCGCAUAUUAUUCAUGGUGAUCAGCUUCUACCAAGUCGUUUACCGAAUGUACAUUGAUUGCGGUUGUCCGAACUUCGACUGUCAUUCCAAACCUAAUUUAAUAAGCAACAAAACCCUUCACGGUGUCGUAGCGACAGGGAAUGUUGUCUUUACAAUAGUUUCCUUUGCUGCUGUCAUUUCGUACAUAUUCUUCGUUGGUUCUUUCUACACUCCCAGUCGUUUAAACUCAGCGCUGGUCUCUCCUUCAGAGACCUUUAUGGAAGACAUUAGCAAAAGCGACGCGUGGCUGUUAUUUCUCACUUAUGUUCUGAUUAUAGUGUUGUUUCUAGGCUUGGGUGCGUCGCUUUAUACAUUACCAAAGACAAGUGAGAUACGAGAUCCUCAUUACACUGUCGCCGUGAUUACUGGUACAGGUGCACAGCUGUUGGUACAUUUGGGAUCAAUCAACACUUGCCAAGUCUUCGCCGUCAGUUCUUUGGCUAUUGGAACUUUUGCUCAAGAUGUGACGAGGAAAAUUCGGGGUAUUCAAGGCGGAAGUAUAGAUGACGUCAUCAAUAUUCAUGAAGACCUUUGUACAGUUGUUUUCAAUACAGUUUCAGCCUACAGUGCGUGGUUUGUGGUGCAUUGGGUAACUUAUGGAGCUGGUGUGGUUAUAGCUCUUAUAUAUAUUUCGGAGGAAAUCAAGUUUGAUACAACAGCGACGGAAUUCGCUUUCGUUGGCUUGCUCCUGUUUUGUUGCUUCUACUUGUUUGUGUUCCCUUGUUACUUUGCUGCCAGCAUAACAAGCAGCUGUGCCGGAAUCUACGAGGAAAUUAACCGUACCACAGGUUGGGAAGUAGGACCGUUUAGCGAACGUAGCAACGUUGCUCUGUUCAUCUCUUACGCUAAGGAUCGAGGCUGUGGGUUCAAAGUUGGUAGAAUAACGUUUACCACUUCUCUUGCCUGGUUCUCGUUUUUCUUUGGACUCACCGGCUUGUUGUAUCACUUCAUCCAAAAUUAAAUUUGAUUUUGAUAUGAUAAGCGCUAUCUAAUUAAUCAAAAAGCGGCACACCCUUUUUCUCAACUGAACUGCUAACCAACUUUGCUCCACCUAGUUCCCAUACCUCUUAACACGGCCGUCUCUCUGGGUCUCUGCGGACCAUCGUUUUUGACUCCUGUUAAGAAGACACAAAGGAAAGAUGAUGAAAAAAGAAAAGAAUUCUGAAAAAUAUAUGCAUUUACUUUAUACAUGGCUGGCUCUGCCGACGGGAAAGAUGGAAAGUGUCCUGCAGCUGCAAAUUGAGUGGACAACUUUGGGAGCAAUAUAAACCCUUCUUGCCUUCUCUGAAUUCCCUCAGAAAAAAAAUUCCCGCAGAACGCUUACAUACUUCGCAGCAGCUUUGGAAACAUUUCUCUUUCACUAAAAAAGUUUUCCGACCGAUUUUGGAGGAGUGGCAUCAAACAACACUUCCGCACUGACGGUCAAAGCAAUAAAAACCCGAAAAGUUUUGAAAACAUAUUUUGGCGCGAUUUAGUGCACCCUUUUUAAUUUUAAAAAUGCGACAGAUUUUCAACUGACAAAGCCUGACUGAGAUAAUUUGCUGAUAAUUGUUGGCCACCGGUUGAGAGUUCGACAUUGCAAAUGUUUGCACGGUAACCACUUCAUCUAGUUGUAAUAACAACGUUAAUUUUACAUUGACAGCUGUCAGUAAGUUAUGCUCUGUAAUUGUGCAAUGCCUGACUAAUACUCAGGUUCAUUUUUCUUCUGCUUCACCGUUUUACCGUAAAAGGGCGACAGAAAGCACGAAAUAUGUCUGAGUAAAUACGGACGGAAUGCAGAGCAACAAAACGCAAAACGGCUGUACUGAACGAAUCAAUAUUUAUUUAUUUAAUUAUUCAUUUAACUUUCUUCGUUUGAGUUUGAAUUUUUAAGCAACGAUAUUUUAAGCUUAUACUUUUUUUUUUUUAGGUAUGUGUUGUUCGUAUUAAAUUGAUACACCAGGUAUAAUUAAACAAAAUAUGAGACCUCAUAUGCCGAUCGAUCCAAGACACGCGGUGAGAACACCACAUGAUAUUAAAUACAUUUAAGUAAGCAAUGUAAGAUAAAA